AUGGCAGAUCCGCUCUCAUUUUCCGCCAGCAUCGCUGGCAUUCUCAGCCUGUCGGGGAAAAUUAUCCACAGCACCUACAAAUACGGAGCCGAUGUCAAGGGCGCCCCGGAAGAGAUCCGAAAUUUUCUCAGCGAGAUGACCAUAAAUACAGGACUCCUGCACGCUCUCAAAUCGCUCAUCGACAGCCAUGCCCAAAGCGAAUCGCCCACCACAGGUGAACAUCGGACUAUCUCUACCAUUUGCGGGAAAAACGGCGCCUUAGAAUCCUUUAGGAAAACUCUCAACAAGGUCAACGAUGUGCUGGAUAAGCAUGAGAAUACACCGUCUCCAAAUAAACGGCAAAAGAUGAACAGACUAACCGGAAGACUGAAAUGGCCCUUUGAGAAAGUCGAGACACAGGAAAUGGUGCAACAGCUGGAGAAACUGAAGGCUGCAUUUACCUUGGCUCUUUCGAUCGACGACUCAAAUUUGCUGAACAAUUUGCACCAGGAUAUUGCGUCAAUCGCCUCGGCAUACUCCAAACAGGUCGAAUUGAUGGAAGAACAGCGGCAGAGUGACAAGCUAAUGCGCCUGAUGAAGUGGCUAUCUCCAGUGGAUAUGGAAGCACACCAUGGGAGUGUUUCGAUCCUUCAACAGCCACAUACGAGCCGGUGGUUCACGGAAGGCGAAGAACUACGGGCGUGGGCCUGUGGAGAGCACAAACUACUCUCGAUACAUGGAAAACCGGGCUCCGGGAAGACAGUACUGUUCUCUUCGACCGUCAACAAGCUCCGAAAAGAGAGAGACCUUUCCACUGGUCUUGCGUUUUUCUACUGCGACUACCGGGACCCCAGGCUGCGUAGCCCGUCGAUGAUCCUGGGUGGUCUGCUCAAAAGUCUCGCAACCCAGAACAAGGACGUUGCCACGGCAUUAGGCAAACUCUUCGACGCACAAUGCCAACAGAAUCGACUCGCUGACCAGUUAUCAAUGGAAAUCCUUCAGAAGCAACUGGUUUCGGCUUCCAGCUGCUUUGGAAUGGUAUUGAUUCUCAUCGAUGCAUUGGACGAAUCCAUUGGGAGGGAAGUACUGCUCCCCUUCCUCCAUGAGCUGGUAGCACCCCAAGGCAGCCGCUUCAAACUUCUAGUCACCAGUCGCCCGGAAGCCGACGUAGAAGCAAUGUUUGCAGGAUAUCCGACAGUUUGUUUAAAUGAAGAGACAAACAGUGGAGAUAUUCAUCUAUAUGUCUCGGCGCAGAUCGAACAACGCGUCCAGAAAGGCGUCUUCCAUAUCAACGAUCCUUUUCUAAAAGAGACAAUAGUCAGUCAGCUUGUCGGACAUGCCGGAGGCCUUUUCCAAUGGGCUAAGUACCAACUAGACAAUCUGUUUCUCCUAAGGACCGACGAAGAGCAGCAGGCUUUUCUGGAAACGGUCGAGACACAAUUGGACAAAGUCUAUGAGCGGACAUUGCUCCAUUUCAACACGAUAUCAGACGCGGAUCAUAAACUGAUCAAGUCAGUCUUCCAGGCUCUAGUCGGAUUCCUGAAGCCACCCACUCGUGAAGAGGUCAUCCAGGUCAUAAAAAAGGAUGAUCAUGCACCAGAUACGAUUUCGUUGGGGGAGAAGCUGUCAGACGGUAGCAUCCGCAAACUCUUCCGAGGCCUCGUGGAAAUUAACGAGGAAACGAAAGCGUAUCAGUUCUCUCAUUACUCAGUUCGAGAGUUCUUGACCUCCCAUCGGCUAGAUGCCACGACCCUUACGGAAUAUCGAGUCUGCGAGGCCCAGGCUCAUCGAAAACUUGCUCUUCGUUGCCUGCAUGCCCUCAAUGAGGAGAAAGUGGGUCCGCUGUACGACUACGCUGCGUCGCAAUGGAUGGCGCAUGUCAGAAAGGCGCCCGACGAUUCAGAACUCGAUGACACUGUUGUUGAAUUUUUCAGUUCGGGUCAGUUGAAUGAGUGGGCAGACUGUACAAAAUUCGCAGAAUGGCUGAGCCACUGUGAAUCGAAAAAGCCAUUUCCGGCCAAGAGCCAUGAUAGGUCGAUGGCAUUCCGCGAAGCUCUUAACUUGGGACGAGAUUCCGUCACCCUGCGCCUGAUUGGCCUCGGAAUCCACCGCAUUCAGCAUCCGCACGGCUACAACGUGCCCAUCGUGGAUGCAGUGCUCCUAGGGGCGUCGAGGUGUGUUAUCCUCGAGUUGCUCAAGUCCGGCGUCGAUGUCGAUCAACUUAGAUUCAGCAAUCACACGGCCUUAUCGAUCGCCGUUUCCAGGGACGACAAGGACUUAGUCACUCUCCUACUUAAAUAUGGAGCAGAUAUGCACCGAAUUCUUGACAAAGACUAUCAAGUUACGGGCUCCGCUUUGAACCAAGCAGUCCUGUACGGAUCAAAAGACAUGGUGUCCUUUCUCUUGGAAAAUGGCGCGGAAAUAAAUAGAAGAGUCAGCCAUGUUGGAACUGCCGUCCAAGCAGCUGUCUCCGAGGGCCGACUGGAAGUCUUGCAGCUACUGCUCUCGCACGGUGCAGAUGUCUGCGCCUCAGAAGGAGAUUAUGGGACGGCUCUGCACCAAGCUAUAAGGCCUGGCAUCGACAGCGAGGAUAUGGUGAGGCUUCUGCUCGGCCACGGUGCACGAAGAGUUAUCAAUGAGCUCGUGUCAGCUGAAGGGAGUGCCCUUUAUGAAGCCGUCGCUACCAAUUCCAGUACUCGAUUAGUUGAACUACUACUCGAAAACGAAGCCGAUCCGAAUCUCGAAGCGGCACCAUUUACUAACCCGCUUCACAGAGCGAUUCUAAAUCAAAAUCUUGCAGCAUUCAAGAUUCUUCUAGAAAAUGGAUCGACCGGUCGUUCCUCUUUCGGCCCAUUUCAAAGCGCCCUAGAAUGCGUGGCAUUCGCCGGCCACGAGGGAAUGUUCAGAAAGCUCUUGCAGGUACAGUUUGCCGACUUGCAGGACCCGGUAAUUACAUCGAGAACUCUCCAGCGAGCGAUUGUUGGUGGGAAUUUCAAUCUUCUCUCUCAAGCGAUUCAAAUAUGUGAGGAUAGUCAGGCGGAAGACGAGCACGGCUGGAGUGCAUACAUGUGCGGAUUACAUGUCAGAUGUACUCAAAGUCUGAGGAUUUUAUCGAUCGGGCUCGGGACUAUGGAUGCUGCUUCUGUUGCAAUGACGGCUGCAACUCCCACUCACUGGGAUGUUGAACGCCUCUCCCCCUUGCACAGGUCUCUUUUUCGGCAGGAAAACUCGAGGCUGCAAUAUUCUGGCGUGCAUGAUCCUUGCCGCGGUCUGCAGUGGUCAGAGCGGGUUGGUAUUUUCGCAAAUCAUCCAUUCCCUCCUUGCCAGAGUUUCUAUCUGGAAAUAACUAUUGCUCAGUUCUGGAGUUCUUCAUCGAUCAAUUUUGGUUUGGAAGGAACUGUUGAAGGAGCGAGUCAUAUGAUCCACCUCAGUGGAACGUACUUGUUUGUUCUCUCAGGCGGAGAGCCACUUCCGAAGGUUCAUACAGGAGACACGAUAGGCUGUGGGUUCGACUGGGAUAGGAGUGAAGUAUACUUUACUGUAAAUGACCAGCGUCUUGAUCAAAUCACCAAGACGGUCAGAAGGGCUAAGUAUUUUCCGAAAAUCUUGUUCGAUCAAGAUGACGCAAUAGUAAUUGCCAACUUCGGCGCGCAUCAGUUCAAGCAUAACUGCUUGCAAUAGUCAAACACAGCCCGUUUCAUUCACCAUCGCCAGCUAGCUCAAUCUCGCAUCAAAGCCCGGGUAGCCCAGGAGACGGAAAACGGGCAAUUAAUCAUUAGCAGAAGAGGUAUGAGUAAGCUUUAGAAAAUAGCAUAGCAAGACAUUGAUGAAUAA